AUGUCAAGCCCAAAGAAAGACUCCACCUAUGCCUUUUUCUUGGACUUCAUGAUGGGUGGUGUUUCCGCUGCCGUCUCAAAGACCGCUGCUGCUCCUAUCGAGCGUGUCAAGUUACUUAUUCAAAAUCAGGACGAGAUGCUCAAGUCUGGUCGUCUUGCUACACCAUACAAAGGCAUUGGCGAAUGCUUUUCCCGAACAAUAAAGGAGGAGGGAGUUAUUUCUCUUUGGCGUGGAAAUACUGCCAAUGUUAUUCGAUAUUUCCCUACACAAGCUUUGAAUUUUGCUUUCAAGGAUAAGUUUAAGCGAAUGUUUAAUUAUAAAAAGGACAAAGAUGGUUAUGCCAAAGUUUUUCUCGGAAAUAUCGCUUCUGGUGGUGCAGCUGGAGCUGUUUCUUUGACUUUUGUAUACUCGCUUGACUAUGCUAGAACUCGUCUUGCUAACGAUGCUAAAGCUGCUAAAAAGGGUGGUGAACGUCAAUUUAAUGGUCUUGUUGACGUUUAUUCUAAAACCAUCAAAUCAGAUGGGUUCGUUGGUCUUUACAGAGGUAAGAUGGGUUCAAUAUUUCUUGUGUUGAAGGAUUACUCGUAUUGCGCCUUUAAUGAUGCUUGCCUAAUCCGGCGUAGUCGUGACAUUACAACAAUGAAUACAACUCGAAUCAUAAUCUACAGAGGUCUUUAUUUCGGUAUGUUCGAUUCUUUGAAACCUCUUGUCCUUACUGGUUCGCUUAAGGACAACUUCCUCGCAUCAUUCUUGCUUGGUUGGUCUGUGACCAUUGGUGCUGGCCUUGCAAGUUACCCCAUAGACACCAUACGUCGUCGUAUGAUGAUGACUUCUGGAGAAGCCGUAAAAUAUAAAUCCUCUUAUCAUGCCUUUAAGGAAAUUGUAGCCAAAGAAGGGACAAAGUCUUUGUUUAAGGGUGCUGGUGCUAACAUUCUUCGUGCCAUUGCUGGUGCUGGUGUAUUGGCUGGUUAUGAUAAACUUCAAGUAAUCUUCUUCGGAAAAGCCUACAAGUAA